AUGUGUGAGAGUUUGAAAACAUUGGAGAAUGCCAUGAAGCUUAAUAUCAAGUGUCAGGGGUUCGUAGCAAUUAUGGAAGUCUUCAGCCAUCUUCGAGAUACUGCUGAACACAGCUCUUGGUCCAUGAUUAACGAUUUCUACGGCACUCCAAGGCUUGACCGAACUUUGCGUUCGAUGCUUGUUUUUCUUUUUCCUUUUGUUUUAUUUAUUUCACUUGUAUAA